CCGCAGCGCGAGGCCGGCGCGCGGGGUCGGCGGCGAGAGCGAGGCUCGGGCUCAGGCACAGGCCCAGGCCGGGCGGGCGCGGCCGCAGCGGGGGCGGCAGCUCGGGAAGCGCCGGCCCGCGGUCCUGCAGGCCCCGAGCGGCCGCCGGGGGCCCUGGGGGCCUCAGGGGGUGCGGUGACCGGCCCCGGAGCACGCCCGCCGCCCCUCCCCCCCGCCGCGGGCGGCCGCGCAACUUGCGGCCAAACUUUCCCCCCGGCCUCCCGCGCUCGGAUGGCAGCCCGCUAAGUUGGCCGCAGCCCUUGGCCGAGCGGCGGCCAGGCCGGAGGGCACCCCCUGCGCUGCCUGGGCCGGGCCAUGGCCCGAGCUCCCCCGCCGGGGCCCCAGGGCGGCGGGGCGCGAGUCCCCGGGGCCCCCGGCCAGCACCUCUAGCGCGCCCCCCCGGUCCGGGGCCCGGCCCCGCGCACGCGUGGGAAAGUUGACCUGGAACCGGCCCGACCAGUUCCGCCCGGGCGCGCGGACCGGCCGCAGGAAGUUGCUGCAAAACUUUUUUGGGGGGUGCAACCGGGUGACCCCCGCGCACCGGGACCGGAUGCGCGCCGGUUAGGGUCCCCCGGGCCGAGAGGGGUGCCCCGAGGGAGAAACGCGGAGGGGGCGCCCCGGCCCCGCUGCCCGGGGGCUAUGGCCAUGGUGACCGGCGGCUGGGGCGGCCCCGGGGGCGGCGGCGACACGAAUGGCGUGGACAAGGCGGGCGGCUACCCGCGCGCGGCGGAGGAAGAUUCGGCCUCACCCCCCGGUGCCGCCAGCGACGCUGAGCCAGGCGACGAGGAGCGGCCGGGGCUGCAGGUGGACUGCGUGGUGUGCGGGGACAAGUCGAGCGGCAAGCACUACGGCGUCUUCACCUGCGAGGGCUGCAAGAGCUUCUUCAAGCGGAGCAUCCGCCGCAACCUCAGCUACACCUGCCGGUCCAACCGUGACUGCCAGAUCGACCAGCAUCACCGGAACCAGUGCCAAUACUGCCGCCUCAAGAAGUGCUUCCGGGUGGGCAUGAGGAAGGAAGCGGUGCAGCGCGGCCGAAUUCCGCACUCGCUACCCGGCACUGUGGCAGCCUCCUCGGGCAGCCCUCCUGGCUCUGCGCUGGCCGUGGCCGGCGGAGACCUCUUCCCGGGGCAGCCGGUGUCGGAGCUGAUUGCGCAGCUGCUGCGUGCCGAGCCCUAUCCCGCCGCGGCCGGGCGCUUCGGUGCAGGAGCCGCGGGCGCUUUCGGAGCCGGGAGCGGCGCGGCGGGCGCGGUGCUGGGCAUCGACAAUGUGUGCGAGCUGGCGGCGCGGCUGCUCUUCAGCACCGUGGAGUGGGCGCGCCACGCGCCCUUCUUCCCCGAGCUGCCCGUGGCCGACCAGGUGGCGCUGCUGCGCCUCAGCUGGAGCGAGCUCUUCGUGCUGAACGCGGCGCAGGCAGCGCUGCCCCUGCACACGGCGCCGCUGCUGGCCGCCGCCGGCCUGCAUGCCGCGCCCAUGGCCGCCGAGCGUGCCGUGGCCUUCAUGGACCAGGUGCGCGCCUUCCAGGAACAGGUGGACAAACUGGGCCGUUUGCAGGUCGACUCCGCGGAGUACGGCUGCCUCAAGGCCAUCGCGCUCUUCACACCUGAUGCCUGCGGCCUCUCAGACCCAGCGCAUGUGGAGAGCCUGCAGGAGAAGGCGCAGGUGGCCCUCACCGAGUACGUGCGGGCCCAGUACCCAUCGCAGCCCCAGCGCUUUGGGCGCCUGCUGCUGCGGCUCCCUGCCUUGCGUGCCGUCCCGGCCUCCCUCAUCUCCCAGCUGUUCUUCAUGCGCCUGGUGGGCAAGACGCCCAUCGAGACGCUGAUCCGAGACAUGCUGCUGUCAGGAAGUACCUUUAACUGGCCCUACGGCUCAGGCCAGUGACCAGACAGGGCCAGGUCUGCAGACCUCAAGGGACACGGAUGCUCAGGCCUCCGGGGCGGGGGAGGGUGCUCCCCCAGACAGAGGACCCUGGCUUCCCUCCUCAGACUCCUAUUUUUUAAAGACUGUGAAAUGUUUGUCUUUUCUGUUUUCUAAAUGAUCAUGAAACCAAAAAGAGACUGAUUUGUCUAGACUCCAGUCAAGUCUUCCCCAGAAACCCUGAUGAAAAUGAGGGGCGAGACAGAGGGUCCAACCCCAGGACAGCCUUGUCCCUUGGUACCCCAAGAAUAAACUCGUGGGGGUGUGGCUUCUCUGGUGUCAUGGGCAAAGUCCUGGCGUCUGGACUGGAGGGGCAGCUGCAGCCAGGCAGGGGUGAUGAGUGCCAGACUGAUCCUCUGGACACGUAAUCCAUGUUGGACACUACAUGAUGGAUGAAUCAAGGCCAAUAAUAAAGAAGUUUCCUACCUG